GCCUUCGUUGACACAGUUCUGAGUAUCGGCGUGCCGCCGGCUGUGCUGGACCCACUGCUGAGGAAGGUGGGGCUCAGGACCACUUUUGCUAAGUUGCCAUUUCAUGGUAAUAGCAAGUCCGCGGGUGAACUAGCUGAUGUUGGCUUGUUAG